GUUCACUCACGGUCCACCAUAAUCCCCCCGAAGAUGUCUCAUUCGCUUCCUUUGUUGUGAUCGUGAAAAUACAAAACGCACCGUUACGGUUUUGUUUUCACGCUUUAAAAUAAGCAACCAAGCAAUUCUUGUCUAUCAUUAUUGACCAGGCGCAAGAAUGAGUGGCGGAGUGUAUGGAGGCGAUGAAGUUGGAGCUCUUGUCUUUGACAUGGGCUCAUAUUCAGUGAGAGCUGGAUAUGCUGGAGAGGAUUGCCCCAAGGCUGAUUUUCCCACAGUGAUUGGUGUGACACUGGACAGGGAGGAUGGCAGUACACCGAUGGAGACUGAUGGGGAGAAGGGAAAGCAGAGUGGUACCACCUACUACAUCGACACCAACCAGCUGAGGGUCCCCCGAGAGAGCAUGGAGGUCAUGUCACCUCUCAAAAAUGGGAUGAUUGAGGACUGGGACAGUUUCCAAGCAAUUUUAGAUCAUACAUACAAAAUGCAUUUCAAAUCAGAGCCCAGUCUACAUCCAGUACUGAUGUCAGAAGCCUCGUGGAACACGCGAGCAAAGAGAGAGAAGCUGACCGAGCUAAUGUUUGAGCAUUACAACAUUCCAGCUUUUUUCUUGUGUAAAUCCGCUGUCCUGUCUGCGUUUGCCAAUGGAAGAUCGACAGGUUUAGUGUUAGACAGUGGCUCGACACACACAACUGCUAUUCCAGUGCAUGAUGGUUAUGUCCUACAACAAGGCAUUGUAAAGUCCCCUCUCGCUGGUGAUUUCAUGAGUAUGCAAUGUAGAGAGCUGUUUCAAGAGUUGAGCGUUGAAAUAGUGCCUCCGUAUAUGAUUGCAUCAAAGGAUUCAGUUCGUGAAGGCUCACCAGCCAUUUGGAAGAAAAAAGAGAAGCUACCUCAAGUUACACGUACAUGGCAUAACUAUAUGUGUAAUACUGUUAUACAGGAUUUUCAAGCCUCUGUGCUGCAGGUAUCAGACUCGCCCUAUGAUGAACAAGUUGCAGCCCAGAUGCCCACUGUUCACUAUGAGCUGCCUAAUGGAUACAACUGUGAUUUUGGAGCGGAAAGACUUAAGAUCCCAGAGGGUCUCUUUGAUCCUUCAAACGCUAAGGGUCUGUCAGGGAACACCAUGCUGGGAGUCGGCCAUGUUGUAACCACCAGUGUUGGCAUGUGUGACAUAGAUAUUCGACCAGGUUUGUAUGGCAGUGUAGUAGUUACAGGAGGAAACACUCUCAUCCAAGGCUUUACAGACAGACUUAACAGAGAACUCUCCCAGAAGACGCCACCAAGUAUGCGUUUGAAAUUGAUAGCCAAUAACACAACUGUAGAGCGGCGAUUUAGUGCUUGGAUUGGAGGGUCCAUUCUUGCAUCACUGGGAACUUUCCAGCAAAUGUGGAUUUCAAAACAGGAGUAUGAGGAAGGUGGAAAACAGUGUGUUGAUAGGAAGUGCCCUUAACCUGCCCCUUCAGCACCUCAAUGAGAUGGAAGAAAAAACACACCUAGUAGAGAAAGCCUUCUUAGUUGACUCGGGAACUAACAAGGACACUCACCUGUUUUUUUUGUGUGCAAACAAACCAUAUUUUAAACAAUUCCACGCGAUUGCACUCUUUUAUACUUUCAGAAUAUUUUCAUAUCCAAUUUGGCAACAAAGUUUUCUGACCACCUGAAUAAUUUUGAAAACAGUGACUGCAUCUUUUUUUGCCAGGAUCCCUCAAACCGUAUCAGUGCGUAUGACAGUUAUUUUUGUUUUGCACCACUGUUACAUCCUAGAAAAUAAUAAUCACAAGAAACCAAAUGUUUGUUAUGCUUUUAACAUUGAUCGGCUGUUUUGGGAAUAAAAUUGUUUUUUGUUAAA